UUGAUCAAAUUAUUUGGAAAAAUAUCCCAUAGCAACAAUGGUGCGACAUAACCUCAAACGUCACCAACAUGUGCGAUGAUAAGCCCCCUUGUAGACAAAUAACGACGUUGCAUACGUACAGUACUGAGUACAACGCGGAUUCGGUCGAGUGGUGCCCCCAUGAGCCCCACCAAACUGUUUUUGUGUGUGCUAACUACCAAUUAAAUUCAGAGACAGGCAAACGGAUCGGGUGUAUUUUACUGUUUUCAGCAACCGCUGAUGCUUUAAUUUUACAUCAAAAAAUCGAAACUGCGGCCAUUCUUGACCAGAAAUGGUGUCACAAUAAAAUUAACAACUCGUCGAUUUUGGGGGUCGUAAAUGCGCAACAAACGCUUGAAAUUUAUGCCCUCAAGAGUGAUAAUGUGAAAUUGGAGUUUGUUACGUCGUUUCAGUUAGAUGACGAUGGCAGUGAAACUCUUUUUUUGUCUCUGGACUGGUCCACAGGUAAAUUUGCGAGCGAUGAGCCUGAAAUUGUAGUGAGCGACUCCAAGGGGGCCAUUCACAGGUUCAAGUUACGGAAUAGUGAGUUAAUUAAGGCGGAAAGUUGGCACGGGCAUGAGUUUGAGGCGUGGAUUAGUGCGUUUUAUUACUGGGACCCCAAUAUCGUGUUCAGUGGAGAUGAUUGUCGGUUUUUAAAAUUCGAUAAAAGAGUGGGACUGGAGCCACUUUCGUGUAACAAGAGUCACGAAGCUGGAGUCACUUCCAUGCAUUCAAAUGCCCAAAAAGAGUAUAUUUUGGCGACUGGAAGUUACGACGCAAACGCUAGAUUGUGGGACAUCAGACAUUUGAAAAAUUGUGUGUCUUCCGUGCAAAUGCCAGGGCCGUUGUGGAGACUCAAAUGGGACCCCCAUGAUCGUAAAUAUCUCCUAGCGGCUUGUAUGUUGGGCGGGGUUCACAUAAUCGACAGCCAAAACGCAAAUUUGGAAAUAAUCGAUAGUUACUACCAACAUAAAAACAUCGCGUAUGGUGUUGAUUGGUCACACCUUCCUGUUAACAAUUCAACCAAUGAAACCCUUAUUGGUUCUUGCUCAUUUUACGAUAACUUAUUAUGUGUAUCAAAAGUGAAAUUUGAUAAAUAAAACAUCAAAAUCUUUUUACUCUUAUUUUAUUGUACAAAUAAUACAAUAAAAAUUUUAAGAACUA